AUGGCAGCUCAAGCUUCAAACACAAGCCGGCCCAACCUGCAGCUUCCACCACAAUUUGAAGACUCAUACAAGGAUUUUGAAUUAUACCCAGCGAACAUUCUUCUGAAAAAUUCAUAUGAAGCUGCUCUCCAGGCACAGCGUGCUAGAUUGGAUGAUUUUUCACCGAGAUUGUUCACCAAAAGUAAUUCCAUUUACGUCCCGAUUCGCGAGUUCACGGGAGUUGGCAACAAUGGCGGCCUCCGAAGAACUGGCAAUGGCCCUAAUAAGAUAAUCGACGAUAAUUCUCUCAAGAGGUGGCUCGGGGAUGCUACACCUAGUAGCAGCUAUGCAACUGUUGAAGAUCCAAAAUGCCGCUUCAUCUUUAUCAACGGCGAUAGCUCACGGGACCCCCUGAAUAUCACAAGACAAAUGCUACUUCGCAUAUUGAGCUACCACCAGGUUAAUCCAGCAUAUCUUGACUUUCUGUUUGUAUUUGGAUCUCAAAAUGAAGCCAGAGGCCUCAGAUUUAGUGGUUUCCAUGAGCAAAUGACUUUUGCACGACCAAGUCGCCAACUACCCAUUCCAUCCCUGCGUAGAAGUGGACGUCAAUAUCAACUAACUUAUAACCUCAAAUCUGUUGCUCGUAAAAUGCGGUCCAACCCACGGGGCCAACCUAUACGAGUUCCUAUUUCCGAGAUGCAAUGGUCCAUUCGACAAGCAGCUAUACAUCACCAAUUUGAUGUGGAGAUAGGAACGACCUUGUGGAUUGUCACGCAAGGGAAUUUGGACAUCUUCGAACGGGUUGUACAAAUGACGGCAGUACAUGGAAGGAAAGAAGAUCGUGCAUUUGCCGAUGGACCAGAAUGCUUCAGAACCAGCUUAACAACGCAUCUUUUGUAUUGUUACUGGUCUAUAGAGGAGUGGCGAUGGUAUAUACAAUGGCUAGAAGAUGUCAUUGACACUGAGACUGGUAACGUUCUAUACAGUGCCCGUGGUAUAAAAGAGCAGCACGAAUACAGACCGCAGGAUAUACAGUCUGUUCAGUAUCACGAAGAUCGGGCCAAAGAAGCUAUCAUGGUCCUAGAAACAAAUACAGACGUCCUCAUAUCGAUUCGCGACUUCUACAUCCGCUUGAUGAAUCCUUUGAAAAUUAAAGAUUUUGACUUGGCUACCAAUACAACAUGUCAAGAAAGUGUAAAUGCUUUCGCUACGAAGAUCGAUGAUAUGAUAUCCGAUUCAAGGAUGCAGAUUGCUCGUGCGAAAUUACUGACGCAGAUCGCGGCUGACAGGAAGAAUCUCAUCAUACAAUUUCUUCAAGGUCAAGCAACAGAAAAGAUGGAAGGCCUCACGAGAAUCACUGUCAAGAUCAGCCAGGCAUCUCAGCGUGAGGCGAUUGCAAUGCGUAUCAUCACCGUUGUAACCUUACUCUACCUACCAGCCACGUUUGUAUCAACGUUUUUCAGCACGGAUAUCAUCAAAUACCAAAACCCGGGUGGUGGCGACGAAAGCACUUCCGACUUGAAUAGUCAAUAUAUGGGAUCGUUCUCCCAAGUGGCAAUGGACCGGUGGCUACAGGUUACAGUACCGUUGACGAUUCUGACUAUCCUAGGUGCUGGGUAUGCUUUUUAUAAGAUAGAUCAAAGUGCCAAGCGGGAUAUUGAAAAGUUACAGUAA